UUAUUCGUUGAUUGGUCUGCAGAUAACUAUGUCGAAGGUCAAAGUAAAAUCAACAUGGCGACGUCCUUGCAACUUUUUGGAAGAGUUGCUCUUGUUACUGGGGGUGGUAGUGGCAUUGGGCGGGCUGUGUGUGAACUCUUUGCCAAAAACGGGGCAAGUGUAGUGGCAGCUGAUAUUAAUCUCGACAGUGUCAAAACUACAGUAGGGAAACUCACAGCUGAUGACAACAGGUUGUCUGGCACCCAGUCACAUCAUGCCUUUGCCUUGGAUGUCUCGGACAAAGUUGCUGUUCAGAGCCUGGUGAAGAACGUAUCAGAACUGUACCAGCAGCCGGCAAGCAUAUUGGUCAACUCGGCAGGAAUCACCCGGGAUAAAACGAUGAUGAAGAUGGAGGAAAAAAACUUUGACAAAGUCAUUGAUGUUAAUCUCAAGGGAACUUUCCUAGUGACGCAGGCUGUCAGCAAAGCUAUGAUUGAGCACAGAACUACAGAUGGUUCUAUCGUCAACAUUGCCAGUAUAGUUGGAAAGUACGGUAAUGUGGGCCAGUGCAACUACUCAGCAUCCAAGGCAGGUGUGGUGGGCUUCACUAAAACAACGGCCAGGGAACUGGGCAGGUACGGCAUCAGAUGCAAUGUGAUCUUACCUGGGUUCAUCAAAACACCAAUGACGGACGCUGUGCCGAUACAAAACCUGAGUUUGAUCAGGCAGUUCAUCCCCUUAAAGAGGGAGGGUGAACCCUCGGAGGUAGCCGAGGUCUGUUUAUUCCUGGCUUCAAAAAGGAGCAGUUACAUGACUGGGGCUGAAGUAGAAGUGACCGGUGGGCUGGUGAAUUGAUCGUGAUGGCCACUACCGGCUGGGUACAUCUCAUCGGCUGUUUAGCGAGGAAGCCAUCACUGUCAAGCCUAGCUGCAGUCAUCUUUGCUGUCUUACAGCUUUGCUCCUCUGUUGAUGAAACAGGUCAUGAAAGUUAAAACGGGUAGAUCUUGAAUGUACAAUUUUGAUUCUGUAUGUGUCUUUCAUAUCUAUCUAAUGAGGCAUCGCAGCAAAAGAAAUUUCAAAAAUGGGUUGAGAGAUUAAAUGACUUAGCUUAUUUUGUAAGAACA